CCCAUCUAGGUCUCUCUCCAAGCUUAAUAAAACAAGUAGGGCUGCGUCUCGAAUUCGUUAGAGAGAGAGAACGAAGAGAUGGGAAGGAAAGGAGAGAAGAGGAGGGAGAAAAACUACCUAGCUGCUCACGGCGGACCGGCGAGACUCCCUCCGCCGCCUGAUCGUUCGAAGCAAGAUUUACUUCCUUCCAAGCUCCGUGUUCCCCACGAUUCUACUAAACAAGUUGUCGAGAAGAAAGAAAACAAUUCUAAAGCUAGAGUAGAUGCUGCUGCCAAGAAUGGGAGUGACAUAAAGUCGGAAGAAAGAAAUGAUGACGGCUACACAACCUCUUCUCAUCAGGAGAAUGAUGUAACGUUAAACAAUGGUGAUGAAAAGAAGAAGUUAAAGAGAAAGAGGAAUCAAGUAAAAGACCUUCGUUUCGAACAGGAGCUUGCGGAGUUGGAUGGUCGGUCCAAAAGGAAAGAACGCAAGAAGAAGUAUUGGGAGGCUAAGAAGCAGAAAAAGAGUCAAGGAAAGAAAGAAGAUACACUCAGGGAAAACUUUCCGAAGCAUGAAGAGAUCAGGUUUGGUGAUGUGGUGCAAGCUCCACCAAAACUGGCUCUUGUUCAAAAGACACGAAAGACUCCUAUGAGUGCUUCAAAGGAGAGGCAGCGAUUAGAGGCUUAUAGAUCUCGAAAUGGAUGGACCUCAAGACCAGGUGUUCAGAUUCCUUCUGUGGCCAUGCAAUAAGAUGCGCCAUGAACUCAGUUUUGUAGUGUGAGUGUGACUCCUCUGUUUUUGUUUUGUUCUAGCUGGCUGUCAACUUAUAGAUCACAAUGUUCCGUUCUUUAGAUUGUAAUCUUACUGGAAACAUUAUGACAGUUGAGUUAACCAGAGUACUCUUUCAAUAUAUAUAAGCAGAUUAUUUAGUUUAAA